UGGAGGAGCUCAAGAUGGCGCCGCAGUUAAAAAUCGAGGACCGAGGAUUUUUUAGAGGCCUAGGUUUUAAGACAAACCUUCCCAUUUUCAAACUGAAGGAUUCCUGUGUGAGAAGAAGAUACAGCGACUUUGAGUGGUUAAAGAAUGAGCUGGAAAGAGACAGUAAGAUUGUAGUACCAACUCUACCAAGCAAAGCCCUGAAGAGACAGUUGCCGUUCCGUGCGGAUGAGGGCCUUUUUGAGGAAGCGUUCAUUGAGGAGCGACGAUCGGGCCUGGAGCAGUUCAUCAACAAAAUUGCAGGUCACCCAUUGGCCCAGAAUGAGCGCUGUCUUCACAUGUUCCUGCAAGAGGAAAGCAUUGACCGUAACUACAUUCCUGGAAAAGUAUGAAUGAAACAAUACAGACUGCUGCACCUGCCCCUUGUACAUUUAUUUCUACUUCACGUCAUUUAAAAAGCCAGUGGAAAUGCCUGAACUGACGAGUAUCAACAGUGUAACACAAAUAUUGCUCCCAGGACAAAACUAAGACAUCCAAUCUAUAAAUUGUUUGAUGUUGUGUCUUUAUUCAGUCAUUCCAAACACUAUAUGUACAUGCUUUUGAUUUCAUAAUCAGUGAAAAGGAAAACAUUUUCAAUAUAUACUUUUUGUCAUUUUAUUAAAGCUAGAUUUUUUUUUUCUCCAAUGAUUCUGUUUUAUGAAUGUCUUCUGAUUGAAGUUGAAAAUGAGGGUAAAUUCCUGCUUUGAUUGUUUAUUUUCUUUCCUUAGCCAAGAUGUUUCUUGAUGAUAACCUCCCAAAGUUGAGCAACAUGUAGCACCAUGAUAAAUACAGUUACCUGUCAUUCCACUUCAGUAUAUUUGACCCCAAGUUCUUCAGUAUGUCCUGAAAAAAAGCUCUCAAUUGUUUGAACUCUGCUGUCUUAGUUGCAUCAUCAUGCCGACACUUUGGCUGUGCGUUGUCAGCUAUUGGGAAUGUUUAGUUAGUGACAUAACCAUAUCCAAGCACUGUGACAAGAGAUUCAUUAUAUGAACAAGAUUCCAUUGUUUAUAGGCGUAAUCAGCAUCUGGUUAAAUCGAUCUGAAAUGAGGCUUAUUCUGUGCUUAUUUUCAGCUGGUUUCAUUCUUUCUAUCAACAUUUUUUGUGAUGUGUAUUAAUACCUUAUCAUUUCAGUUCCAUAUGGGAUGACGAGGGACUUCCUUGUUAAUUCUUUCCAACAAUUAAAUUUCCUGCUGCCUGCUG